CAUUCUAUUACCUCCAAAUACUCCAGAGAAAAACACGAGGAAUGUCAAAAAGAUGGUAAAAAUCGCCUCCUGAGAAUGCCAUCUCGCGCGAUCUACCUUUGAGCAUUGCAUUAUGACAUCCUGCGAUACGAUGUAUCAAUUCUAUAAUCCGUAUUUCCCGCAUAAAACACCGUCCGGCGAUUUUGCGAAGUUUGGUUCCUCUGGGCUGACAACGGAUCACCACCAUAUACCCCCCGGCGGAGCUUACCCUCACAGUUCCUUACUCUCGUGUCCUGUGGGUGAGAGACACGAUGCUUUGGAGGGAGGGGAGAUAGACCCUGAGUCUCAGCCCAAGUCCUCACAGUACCUGAACCCAAACUGUGUCUUACUGAGCUAUUUCUCUGGGGACACGGCCACAGUUGUGGAUGAACAUUUUACACGUGCGUUGAGCCAACCCAGCAGUUUUAAUCUGGAUCGAAAUUUUAGCAGUUCGUCGUUUUCCAUCAAAUCCAAAGCAGAAAAACCAUUGAUGUGCCAUAGGAAAUUACCCCCUUCAUUUUGGAACAGUGCGUAUAAACCGCCGCAACUGGCGACCGGAAGUAACUUUGACUACUCACGUGACCCAUAUUUCCCGUCCUCAUGGUACUCACUCCAAAAUAACUGGCCAUACAGACUCCCACCCCACAGUCAUACCGACCUCGGGGGGUCGCUCCCGUACUCCUCGUUCGACGCCCCUGGAAAAUUCGGAUCCACUUAUCAGUCGUUGAUGUUUCCAGGAAGUUACGACUCAAGACAAUCUAAAUAUGACUUUGCAAAAAACAUGGAAUCCCUAGCGGGGUCAAGUAGUUAUUACGGAUUGUCCCGGUUAGGGAUGGAUUUCACGGGCAAAGGAAAUGUGGAACCGCCAGUAACAGGUCUUGAGUACCAGCUUCAGUCGGCAAGGCGAGAGUUGUGUUGGUGACAUAACAGCCCCUCCAACAAGCAAAAAACCCACAACAAUAAGACAACAAACAACAUUAGCUGCAACAACAACAACAACAACCCCAAAAGGAGACUGUGAAACAAGUCUCAGAAAGUGAUUUAUGACAGCAAAUCGACCUGCAUUUCUUCACGUCGUACAUAGCUACUGCCAUUAUCAAUGAGCACGAUAAAUUGGUUCAAGUUCUUCCAAACUUGAUUAAUGUGUGUCGAAAAUUCCGACCAAAUCGGACCCUUAUAAACCGGUGGAUGAUCUCUGUAGUGCUCUGAACUAUUGUACAUGGCUUUCUUCAUCGAAGUUUAAAUCUUAGAUUUUUUUUAUCGCAUACAUUUUCAUUUUUCUUUUUGUCUUCAUGUUCGAUUCGUGAAUUGUAUAUAUUUUUCUCAUGUGUAUCUACAAAGAUUGAUAUAUGAUCUGCAAUAUAUAUUAUGAUAAAGUUGUUACAUGUGUAUAUACAUGUACGAAAUGCAUUAAAAAUGUCAAAUCUAUAUUUA